AUGGUGAUCACCUGCAGGUCCUUGAAGGAAUUGAGAGAUCACGCUCCCGCACAAGCUACUAAGCUGGUAAAGGCUUUGGAAAGUCCACCGCACGAGGUAUAUUCGAUACGGGAUGGCUUUGAGGCAGCAGUACGUACUCGUAUAAGCUACUUCGCUUAUAACCCUCGUAUCUCUCCAUCAUGGGAUGAGAGAUCGACGACAAACGGAGAGCCUGCUUCACUAUUACCAGAGGGUGGCUCACUCACCCGUACCAACUCAUUUUGCGGCGAUCGGCUACUCUGUGUUCCGUGGCGACGCUAUCCUUUCAGCCCACUUAUAUCUCAGCACUCCGCAGCUCCACCAACGGAUCACCUUAACGACAACGAUGCUGUGGAUCCGGGACGUGGCGAGGCCCUUGCGGCCCCAUCGUUCGUCGGAUGCCGGAUGGCUAUUCAGCUGAAACACUCAUCGAUGUCAUCAGUGUUGUCCUACAGCGCGUGA